AUGUUACGUUUUGAAAAAUGUGACGGGCUACAACUAAGGGGUACAAGACACAUAAACAGUCCAAAGAGUCAUGUCAGCCUCACUGGUUGUAAAGGUGCAGAUAUCGGAAGUCUUCAUAUUUCAGCACCUAAAUACAGCCCUAAUACUGAUGGAAUCGGCAUUAGUUGGUCGUUGCACGUUAAUAUCCACGACUCUGUGAUUCAAAGCGGUGACGAUUGUGUGGGUAUUGGUGGGGGAGUAUACGACAUCAAUGUAACCAGUGUCUCGUGUGGACCUGGUCAUGGCAUAAGCAUAGGAAGCCUUGGGAAGAAUGGUACUUAUACAACGGUUGAGAAAGUACUAGUGCGAAAUUGUAACUUCACUGAAACGCAAAAUGGAGCACGAAUCAAGACUGUACCGUAUGGAAAGGGGUAUGCCAGGUCAAUUGUAUUUGAGGACAUUCAUCUCACAGAUGUUAAUAAUCCUAUUAUAAUUGAUCAACAUUAUUGCACUAAUAUGAAUAAUGAGGAUUGCCCAGCACCGCCGAACGCAUCAUCUGUACAUGUGAGCGAUGUAACGUAUAGAAAUAUACAUGGGUCUUCAGCAUCAAAGCAAGCAAUUGCCUUUAAUUGUGUUGGACGGUUUAACUGUACUGGAAUCAUAACGAAUGAAGUCGAAAUUACAGGAGAAGAUGUAUCUGCUUACUGCCAUAAUGUUGAAGGAGAUUUUAUCCAAACUACCCCUCAGAUUACCUGUAAUUAG